GUGUCCCCACGGUGUCCCCACGGUGUCCCCCGGGGUUCUCACGGUGUCCUCAGCCAUGGACGCGGUGGCCGGGCUGGGCUGUGCCUGUGCCGGGCUGGUGGCCCUGGUCCUGCUGGUGGUGGCCCAGCGCCUCGGGCUCCUCUACCGCCUGCUGCACAAGGUGGACGCGGCCAGUCCCCGUCACGGCGGCGAGCUGGUGGCCGAGGUUCUCCGCGCCCACGGCGUGCGCUUCCUCUUCACGCUGCCCGGCGGCCACAUCUCGCCCGUGCUGGUGGCCUGCGAGAAGAUGGGCAUCCGCGUGGUGGACACGCGCCACGAGGCCACCGCCGUCUUCGCCGCCGACGCCGUGUCGCGGCUCUCGGGCCGCAUCGGCGUCGCCGCCGUCACCGCGGGCCCCGGUGUCACCAACGCGGUGACGGCCGUCAAGAACGCGCACAUGGCCGAGUCCCCGCUGCUGCUCCUGGCCGGCGCCGCCGCCUCCCUGCAGAAGGGCCGCGGCGCGCUCCAGGACAUCCCGCAGGUGCCGCUUUUCCGGACGCUCUGUAAAUCCGCCUUUUCCGUCCGCGCCGUGCGCGACAUCGUCCCGGCGCUGCGCCGCGCCAUCGCCACCGCCAUGGAGGGGACGCCCGGCCCCGUGUUCGUGGAGCUGCCCAUCGAUGUCCUCUACCCCUUCCACGUGGUGCAGAAGGAGCUCGGGGGCUCCAAAACCCCGCGGGGGCUGCGGGGGAAACUGGUCCAGUGGUACCUGGACAAUUACCUGCGGGAUCUCUUCGCGGGCGCCUGGGAGCCGCGGGACCCGACCCCGCUGCCGCUGCGCGUCCCCAGAGCCGCCCCGGAGCAGGUCCAGCUCUGCUCGGAGCUGCUGAGCCGCGCUCUCCGGCCCCUGGUGCUCGUGGGCAGCCAGGCGCUGCUGCCCCCCACGCCGGCCGAGGAGCUGCGCUCGUCGCUGCAGUCCCUGGGUGUCCCCUGCUACCUGGGGGGCGCGGCGCGGGGGCUGCUGCCCCCCGAGUGCCCGCUGCUGCUGCGCCAGAACCGCCGCCAGGCGCUGCGCGACGCCGACCUGGUGCUGCUGGCAGGCACGGUCUGCGAUUUCCGCCUGUCCUACGGCCGCCUCUUCGGCCGCGGCGCCGCCGUGGUGGCCGUGAACCGCGACCGGGCGCAGCUGCUGCGGAACUCGGACGUGUUCUGGAAGCCGCGGCUGGCCGUGCAGGGUGACCCCGGGUCCUUCAUGGUGGCGCUGGCCCAGAGCCUCCAGGGCUUCUCCUGCCCCCGGGAGUGGCUGGAGCGGCUGCGGGAGGCCGAGAGGGACAAGGAGCAGCAGAACCAGGCCAAGGCCGCCGUGCCCCCCCCGUGUCACCUGAACCCGCUGGCGCUGCUGCAGGCCCUGGACCAGGUGCUGCCCCCCCAGAGCCUCUUGGUGGCCGACGGCGGCGACUUCGUGGCCACGGCCGCCUACAUCGUCCGGCCACGGCGGCCACUGGCCUGGCUGGACCCCGGUCCCUUCGGCACUCUGGGCGUGGGCGGAGGAUUCGCGCUCGGGGCCAAACUCUGCCGGCCCGAGGCUGAGGUGUGGGUGCUCUAUGGGGACGGCUCGCUGGGCUUCAGCCUGAUGGAGUUCGACACCUUCGUGCGCCACAAGGUCCCGGUCAUUGCCCUGGUUGGGAACGACGCCGGCUGGACGCAGAUCAGCCGCGAGCAGCUCCCCCUGCUGGGCAGCGCCGUGGGCUGCAGGCUGGCCUUCAGCGAUUACCACGCGGUGGCGGCGGCGCUGGGAGGCCGCGGCUUCGUCCUGGACGCCGGAGGGGACACCGGGGACACAGGAGGGGACACCGGGGACACCGGGGACACCGGAGGGGACACCGGGGACACCGGAGGGGACACCGGAGGGGACACCGGAGGGGACCCUGGGGACAUCGGGGACAGGGUGGUGGCCGUGCUGAGGGCGGCGCAGGCCGAGUGUCACCGAGGUCACCCCGUGCUGGUCAACGCCCUGCUGGGACCCAGCGACUUCCGGGAGGGCUCCGUGUCCGUGUGAGUGUCACCAGUGUCACCUGAGUGUCACCAAUGUCACCAAUGUCACCAAUGUCACCUGAGUGUCACCUGAGUGUCACCUGGGGGUCACCGGUGUCACCUGAGUGUCACCCAUGUCACCGAGUGUCACCGAGUGUCACCGAGUGUCACCGAGUGUCACCCCGUCCUCGCCCUGCUGGGACCCAGCGACUUCCGGGAGGGCUCCGUGUCCGUGUGAGUGUCACCUGAGUGUCACCUGAGUGUCACCUGAGUGUCACCAAUGUCACCUGGGUGUCACCUGAGUGUCACCAAUGUCACCUGUGUCACCUGACUGUCACCGGUGUCACCUGUCACCAAUGUCACCUGAGUGUCACCCAUGUCACCAAUGUCACCGAGGUCACCUGGAUGUCACCAGUGUCACCUGAGUGUCACCAAUGUCACCUGUGUCACCUGAGUGUCACCAAUGCCAUCAAUGUCACCUGGGUGUCACCAAUGCCACUGAGUAUCUCCGAGUGUCCCCAGGUGUCACCUGAGUGUCCCCAAGUGUCCCCAAGUGUCACCUGAGUGGCCUCGGACUGGCCCCAAGGGGUGGCAGGUGACACUUUGGGCACUGUCCCCAACCCCUGGUGACACUU